AGGCCGGGGCCGCUCGGAGACGGUGGGAGCGUUGCCGUCCCGUUUCGUCGUCCUUCUCUUCCCUGCUGCGGCCCGAGGAUGAAUCUGGAGCGGGUUUCCAACGAGGAGAAACUUCAUCUCUGCCGGAAAUACUACCUGGGUGGCUUUGCCCUCUUGCCCUUCCUCUGGCUGGUCAACGUUUUCUGGUUCUUCAGAGAGGCUUUCCUGGCCCCGGCCUACUCGGAGCAGGGACAGAUCAAGAGCUAUGUGCAGCGGUCAGCAGUUGGGCUCCUGUUCUGGCUGGUGGUGCUGACCGCUUGGAUCACCGUAUUCCAGACACAUCGUGCACAGUGGGGCGAGGUUGGGGACUACCUCUCCUUCACCAUCCCCCUGGGGCUGCCUUGACCCCCUCCCACACAACCACAGGGCCAGCCUCUCCCCUCCACCUUUCCGGGUGGCCAGUCUCCCACCCUCCCCCAACCCCGGCAUCCCUUGGACACGCACUCAGAUCCCCGAAGGGAAAGGCAAACUCUGUCUGGAUGGAGCUGACAGCCCCUCCCUGACCUCCCCCGGCCCACGAGGGUGCAAUAAAGAACACAGCUGGCCUCGGC